AUGGCAAUUUGCUUCAUAGCCACAAGUGUUGUCGCCGAUUACAACAAGCCUUAUGUUUAUGCUUCUCCUCCACCACCAGCGAGGGUUGCACACUCUCCUCCUCCGCCACCAAAGAACGUUAUCCACCCACCGCACCAGUACAAAUUCCUACCUCCACCAACUUCUUCGCCACCACCUGCUUAUGUCUACAAGUCCCCUCCUCCGCCAUCCCCAUCACCACCUCCUCCAUAUGUUUACAAGUCUCCUCCUCCACCAGUCCACCCACUCCCAGUUAACAGGUAUUAUUAUAGAUCACCGCCGCCGCCGUCUCGCAAGCUAUCUCACAAGCUAUACGUCUAA